CCAUAAAAUAUAAUUAACCUUUUUGCCUACAAUAUUGUGUGAGAUUCGUGAUAAGGAAAUCAGAUCAAAUGAGUGUCAUGGUUGAGAGCUAAGAAUCGGAUUUUUAUUUGCCCUUGUAUAGAAGAUUAGCAUCUCAUGCAAUGAAAAUUUAAAUUCAUACGGCGCUACAAAUGCUACAAUCGAUCCACUAGCGUAACGAUUGCAGCAUUCGUAACAUUAGUGGAUCAAUCGGAGCGUAGCGUUUGGAGCAUAGCGUUCAGAGCAUCAAGUCUACAUCAAAGGUGUCGACGCUCAGUGUCCAUACUAUAUGUACUUCACUUAUACCGCUCUAUCAUGCGUCCAAUAAUAGUCUAGUGACUUUAAAUCCCGAAGGAGUGUGCGCAAAAGCAAGUGCAUUUAGUAAACUCUAGUGGAUCUUUUUUGGUUAAUGAAGUAUGCGCUUUUCUGAUCAUCAGACUUUAAACUUGUCAAAUUAAAUUUAGGAUGCAGUUGUAGAUUCGAAGACGAAAUCUUAACAAAAUCAACUUUAUUAACGUAAUUUAAUAAUCGUAUUAUACGAUUGUAACGAUUGUAAAAUGACAACAUUGAGACAUGACAUUGAACUACCGAACAACAUUCCAAAAUUAUUAAUAGAGAAACAUGCAAACUAUCUCAUUUCAUAUGGGACCAACAAAGAUGAAUAUAAUUAUUCUCAGACUGAACACAUGAGGAUGUCUGGCAUGUACUGGGGUCUUACCGCUCUAGAUUUAAUGGGAAAGUUAGAACAAACUAAUAAGGAAGAAGUGCUAGAAUUUAUUAGACAAUGUCAAAGUGACAGUGGUGGCAUCAGUGCCAGCAUACAACAUGAUCCACAUUUACUUUAUACACUUAGUGCAGUUCAAAUAUUAUGUAUAUAUGAUGCCUUGGAUAUAAUAAAUGUCGAUAAAGUCGUUAGUUAUGUCAAAGAAAGACAACAAUCAGAUGGAAGUUUUGUGGGUGAUCAAUGGGGUGAAGUAGAUGUCAGAUUUUCUUUCUGUGCCGUUGCUACUCUGUCACUCUUGAAUCGCUUAGAUGCAAUAGAUGUCGAGAAUGCAGUACAAUUUGUAUUGAAAUGUAUGAAUUUUGAUGGAGGAUUCGGUUCAAAGCCAGGAUCUGAAAGUCAUGCGGGUUUAAUUUAUUGUUGCGUUGGAUUACUUUCGAUCACAGGACAUCUGCAUCUGAUAGAUGCUGAUCGUUUAGGAUGGUGGUUGUGUGAAAGACAACUACCUUCCGGUGGUUUAAAUGGCAGGCCCGAAAAAUUACCAGAUGUAUGUUAUUCUUGGUGGGUGCUGUCAACGUUAACAAUUUUAGGUCGUCUUCAUUGGAUAGAUAAAAAAGGCUUGAUGGAUUACAUUUUAAUUUGUCAAGAUAUUGAAACUGGCGGUUUCAGUGAUCGACCCGGUGAUAUGGUUGACCCUUUUCAUACUUUGUUCGGCCUCACUGCAUUGUCAUUGCUAGACAAGAACUUCUCGUUAAAACCAAUAAAUCCUACUUAUUGUAUGCCAGAGUAUAUAAUUGAUCGCUUAGGUCUCAAGCCAUCGCGACUUGAUGCAUGAUGAUACAUCUGAUAUGCUGUAUAAUGUACAUUAACUCUUUGUUAAAUAUACGCAUUGUAGAUUUUCCACAAAGUA